AAUUUCUAACGAUUAAUUGUAUUUAAAUCAUCAUGGAUUAUAAAGACGAGCAAGAUAAUGAGCUAGAAGCUUUAGAAUCGAUCUAUUGCGGAGAAUUGGAAAUUUUAGAUGUAGAACCAUUUUAUACAUUUGCUAUACCUAUUAAUACUGAAGAAUAUGAGCCAGAUACUGGAAACGGUCUUAGUUGUCGCUUGGAAUUUACGUACACUGCUCAAUAUCCAGAUGAACCAUUAUUAAUAUCAAUAGAGGAACCUGAAAAUUUUGAAAAAGGAAAUGCUGAAAAAUUAAAGGAGCAUUUAAUGCAAGAAAUGAAUGAAAAUCUUGGAAUGGUUAUGGUAUUUACACUAGUUAGUGCUGCUAAGGAAUGGCUUAAUGUACAGUGGGACAGAAUAAAAUUCAAAAGAGAGGAAAGUGCAGCACUUAAACUUAAAGAGGAAGAAGAAGCAGAAAGGAAAAAGUUUGAAGGAACACGAGUUACAGUUGAAACAUUUUUAAGCUGGAAAGAAAAGUUUGAUGAAGAAAUGGGAUAUACAAAACGAAGAGAAAUGGCUGAUCGUGAAGUAAAAAAAUUAACUGGAAGAGAAUUAUUUAUGACUGAUAAAACAUUGGAUCAGUCUGAUUUGAAGUUCUUAGAUGAUGAUUCUGUUAAAGUAGAUGAAAGUUUGUUUCAAAAUCUGGAUGAUUUAGAAUUAGAAGAUGAUGAUGACGAUGAUGAUCCUGAUUAUGAACCAAAUGUUUCUGAUGAUAGAACCUAAAAUAAAUACACUAUACGUUCCAUGCUACUACUUAUAAGAUGAU